AGAAGUAAAAUGAAAGAAUACACAAAUUAUCUUAUACGAAUUAAAUUUAAAUUCGAUAUUUAAAAAAACUAUUGUUACAUUUGUUAUCUGAAAAGCUAUUUGAAAGACUGUAAACAGGUUUUUAAAAAUAACCAGACAGUAAUAUACGUGCAAUGUGUUAAACAAAAAAAUAAAUACGUUUAUUGAAAGUACUCAGUGUCAAAGAAGAUAAAAGAUUGACGUUGACUAUAUUUUUAAAUAAAAUAUAAAAAGAAAGAAGGAAGGGCUCGAUCCCUUAUUAGAAAUUUGGUUGAAAAGAGAACAUGGCAAAAAAAGGUGUUUCAGAAAGUGAACGUAAUGAAGUCUUUGAAAUCGAUGAAGAAACUACAAUUACAAGGACAAAAUGGCGAAAUCUUGUUGCAUUUUGGAUACUCGGAAUGAGUAACAAUUAUGGUUACGUCGUUAUGCUUAGUGCUGCUCAUGAUAUUCUUGCCAGUAGGUUUGGUACUUUGAACGAAACAAGUGAAACUAACGGAACAGAAAUAACACGAGAAAGAGCAUGCAACAGUGUAUCAACCGGAGUGAUACUUUUAGCUGAUAUUUUACCAUGUUUGGUGAUUAAAAUAAUCGCACCCUUUUUGCCAUUUUUCGUUCAUGCUCGAAUGGCUACCUGUGUCUUUUUUUCCGCUGCAGGAUUUAUAUUGGUGUCAUUGAGCACUACAAAAUGGCUCGCCAUUAUGGGUGUCGUUGCUACAUCUAUUUCCUCAGGAUUGGGUGAUGUUACUAUGAUUAGUUAUAGUCAUCAAUAUUCUAAACAAGUUAUUUCAACAUGGUCGUCGGGUACUGGAGGUGCUGGUCUUAUAGGUUCCCUCUCAUACGCGGGUUUAGCAACAUGGUUAAAAACAUCGGAUACUUUGUUAUUGAUGUUAAUUGUACCAUGUAUCCAAGCUAUUACAUUUUGGUUCCUUUUGGUUCAUCCAUCUAAUACGAAUCAUAAUUUCGUUAAAAGUAGUACAGGAAGUCAGGAUCAAAUUAUCGAAACACCAACUAUAAAUUUCAAGGACAAAAUACGUUUGAUUCCUGGAUUAUUAAAAUACAUGAUUCCAUUAGGACUCGUUUAUUUCUUCGAAUAUUUCAUUAAUUAUGGCCUGUACGAGUUACUUCAAUACGAUAAUAUAUGGUUGACGUAUUAUGAGCAAUAUAGGUGGCUUCAAGUGGACUAUCAGAUUGGAGUAUUCAUUUCGAGGUCAUCGGUAAAUCUAGUUACUUUUAAUAAGAUCUGGAUCAUGGCUGUUCUUCAGUUCGUAAACGUCAUGAUUAUACUUUUCGAAGCUAUAUUUUAUUAUAUUCCUAAUUUUUGGAUCGUGUUCGCUGUUGUCCUAUGGGAAGGUUUUAUCGGUGGUAGCGCCUAUGUUAAUACUUUUUACAGAAUGUCAAAUGAGGUUCCAUUAGCAGUUAGACAAAUUUCAUUGGGAAUAGCAACAAUGGCGGACGCUAUUGGUAUCGCAUUUGCUGGUUGGUUGGCAAUGCCAGUGCACAAUGCAAUCUGUGAAUUACCAAAACCCAUAAGAUUGGGUAGCUAGGAACGGAUAAUUGGAGGAUGGUUUCUAUGAAAAACAUUAUUUAAAAAUCGUAUUACCAACACACGAGAGAGAGAUAGAAAGAAUUGUAAAUAAUUUAUUUU